AUGUUGCGUGCUGCAUGUUCUUCUCGUUUUGCCGGUUUUGUAUGUAGGCUCGUUGCUCGAGGCGCCGCUAAAGAUGUUAAGUUUGGUGCCGAUGCUCGAGCUGCGAUGCUCGUUGGUGUUGAUGUACUUGCUGAUGCCGUUGCCGUUACAAUGGGUCCAAAGGGUCGCAAUGUGAUUCUUGAGAGUCAGUGGCGGUCACCGAAAAUUACUAAGGACGGUGUUACGGUUGCCAAAGGCAUUGAGCUCAAGGACAAGUUUCAAAAUAUUGGUGCUAAGCUGGUGCAGGAUGUUGCCAACAACGCCAACGAGGAGGCUGGUGAUGGUACGACCACGGCCACAGUGCUGGCUCGCGCGAUUGCAAGGGAGGGCUUUGAAAAGAUAAGCAAGGGUGCAAACCCUAUUGAAUUUCGGCGAGGUGUCAUGAUGGCGGUCGAUGCAGCCGUGAAACACUUGAAAGAAAUGUCAAGACCCGUUACUACUCCUGAGGAGGUCGCGCAGGUCGCCACUAUCUCUGCAAAUGGUGACACUUCUAUUGGCGAUCUUAUAUCGGAUGCGAUGAAGCGAGUGGGGAACGAUGGUACAAUCACUGUUAAGGACGGUAAAACUUUGUUUGAUGAGAUCGAGUACAUCGAAGGAAUGAAGUUCGAUCGCGGUUACAUCUCCCCGUAUUUUAUUAACACCGAGAAGGGUGCUCGUUGCGAGUUCCAGGAUGCCUGUGUUCUUUUCUGUGAAAAGAAAAUAAAUAAUAUACAGGUUAUUAUUCCUAUUUUGGAGGCUGUGCAUCAGCACAAAAAGCCUCUCGUCAUUGUUGCUGAGGAUGUUGAGGGAGAAGCGCUUACUGCCCUCGUUCUCAACCGUUUGAAGCUUGGUCUCCAAGUUUGCGCCGUCAAAUCACCUGGGUUUGGGGACAAUCGCAAGAAUACGCUACGUGAUAUGGCUAUUGCAACCGGUGGUGUCGUGUUUGGUGAUGAGGCGGAUAUGUACAAACUUGAGGAUGCCCAGCUCCAAGAUCUGGGUAGAGUUGGUGAGGUUGUUAUCACCAAGGACGACACACUCUUUAUGCGCGGCCACGGUAAUAAAGCCGAUGUUGACAAGCGCAUUUCUCAACUUCGUGAUGAGAUUAGCGCUAGCAGUAGCGAUUAUGAAAAGGAAAAAAUGCAAGAACGUCUUGCAAAACUCUCCAACGGUGUUGCCGUCAUUAAAGUUGGUGGAAGUAGCGAGGUAGAGGUUUCGGAGAAAAAGGAUCGCUACACGGAUGCCUUGAACUCGACCCGUGCUGCUGUUGAAGAGGGCAUUGUUCCUGGAGGUGGCGCUGCUUUGUUGCGGUGUAUUGAGGUUCUUGACAGGAUUGAAGGCAAGAACAAUGAUCAACAAAUUGGCAUCGACAUUGUGAAGAAAGCCCUCGAAACUCCCGCUUACACUAUCGCUCAUAACGCUGGUGUCAACGCGUCUGUUGUUGUCCAGAAAGUGUUGGCUAUGGAACCCAACGGUGGGUACGAUGCUAUGAACGAUAGAUAUGUUGACAUGAUUGCCUCUGGCAUUAUUGAUCCCACGAAGGUCGUCCGCAUAGCCUUGGUGGAUGCUGCGGGCGUUGCUUCUCUCUUGACUACAGCGGAGACUGUUGUAUGUGAUAUUCCCAAAGAAGACAAUCCAGCAGCAGGGAUGGGAGGUAUGGGUGGCAUGGGAGGCAUGGGCGGUAUGAUUCGUGCCGCAACAUCAUCGGGCGGUGAGCGGCUGGGACGUGGUGGUGUUCACGGGGGGUGGGUGCGCCAAAAGGACGAGUGGGUUUUUACUAAUAUAUUUUAA